AGCGACCGUAACGGUAUCGAGGUCAGCACAAACAUACGCACGCACUCCGGUAAGAUGUGUGUUGCCGAUGAUCGGGUGGUGUUGUAGAGCGUGCGAUCGUGUCCUUCCUGGUUCACGAACGGGAUUAUGAAAACGUGUGUAUUUGUGUACUGUACCGGUACGUUUAUUCGCGCUUAAGUCACUCACGUAGCCAAUCAUAUGGAGGUGUACAUUUGGAAAGGUGACUGGGGCCUGCCCAGCAUCGACACUGCUUGCUUGGAAGUUCUGGCGUACGCGAAGUUUUCCGGGGCGCCAGUGAAAACCAGAGAAGUACGUCGACCCUGGUUUGGAUCGUUGCCGGUGAUGCGACAUGGACCUGAGACGAAGCUCACCAAAUUCCAAGAUGUCGUGGCCUACCUCCGAAAACAGAAUUAUAGCGCUGAUGUAAAGCUGACGCCACAGCAAGCUUCAGAUGCGAAGGCUUACAUUGCCAUGCUGAGACAAAAACUCAAGCCUGCCUUGCUCUACCAGUGGUGGGUCGAUGCCCAGAACUACGUGGAGCUCACAAGGCCCUGGUACGCAAAGGCUCUGGGCUUUCCCUUCAACUACGUAAUCCCUGGACAGAUGCAACGGGCCGCCACUGCUGUCCUCGACUCAAAACUGCAAGGCUUUGACCUCGAAGGCGACCAGGCACAGAUUGCGCUUUUCAAGGAAGCGCAGGAGUGCAUGACAACACUGUCGCACCGGCUUGGAAAAGAACAGUUCUUCUUUGGCCAAAGCCCCACUUCCUUGGACGCCAUUGUGUUUGCCCACCUGGCUCCAUUACUACGAGCACCAUUUCCAAACUGCGCCUUGCAGAACCACCUCAAGGCAUGUGACAACUUGGCGGCAUUCGUUACCAGAAUUACACAGCGAUACUUCUCUGUCAAAGAUACUGGCAGUGGAGACUCAGGAGCUUCAAAAGUGUCGUCGGAGGAGUUUUCCUUCUCAUGGCUCAACUCAUUGAUAUCAAUUGGUGUGGCAACAGUCGCCAUGGUUUCAUAUGCUCUACUAUCAGGGCUUGUGCAAGUCGAGUACACUGAAGACGAGCCGCCACCUGUGGACAAUAGAGACAAGACAACAAAGCGUGCUACAGAAUGACAGUGUUUAGAGAAAGUACAUCACAAUGUACUAUAGUGCCCAACCCUGUGCAGGACUGUGGUGCAGGGUUUCAUCGUUUGAGUGACUUGUAUAUCACACUGCCUGACUGGCAGCAACAACUUGCAAUGCUUCUGAAGAGGCAUUUCUGCGCACAAGUGACAUUGAUAACUUGCGUGUGGGUGCUUGUGGCACUCGUUUGCCUUGGAACUGUACCCAAAAAGUAUCUGCAUUCAUUUCAUCAGCAGAAGCGCAUCAACUAGAGGAAUUUGCCAAUGCCAACAACAGCAGUGCAAAGAACUUUGGGUUUGAAGAGUGUAGAUGUAGGUAGAAACAAGCAUGAAAGGAAAGUUGACGAACAGCGUAAACCGUGGAAGAGGUCAAUUGUGGUUGUUGUGACAGCAACAAGUUCAUGCUAUUGUAGCAGAAUGGUGUGUUGUUUUAGCAUGAAUGCAUGUGAUAAGCGAGUCUCUGCAUGUACAGACACCUAACUAAAUCUACCAUAAAGGUUUAUUGCUGAAUCACCUCUGGACGAGUGCAAGAAGUUACUUCAUUUCAGGAAACAAAAACAUUUGAUUAAUAGUAUUUAUGGCAACCUCCACUUGUAGUUUUAAAACACAUCCUGUAGUAUUUGGCUACAGGUUGAUAUUUGACAAUUUAUAUUCUCAAAGAAAAAACAAGCUCCGUAAGUUGAACCCAUACCCAAGGAGCCAAAUAAAGAGAACUUUAUAGCCUUGGUUUGCAACAACAGGAGAGAAGAAAAAAUUCAUCACAUGACGAUUUCUCUGGGCAGCUUACACCUUUUUGCACAAUUUUGUUGCUACGUAGAAGCAACAAGUCGAGUGAUAACAUCUUUUUACUAUAUUACUGUGCAUGCACUGGUAAUUUGACAGUUGAAAAGGUGCUGCAUUUUUUUCUGGUUUAUACACAUUGCAGUGGCAGCUGCAUGUUCAGACAUGCGAUUUCUCAGUGCCACUAGUACACACCUAUCCACAGUGUGUCCACAAAUUCCGUAGUCUACUUUAUACCAUAUUGCUCUUCAUUAUCCUUUAUCGGAGUAAAGCACUGGUACUUGUUGUGUCUGCUUGUUAACUAGUUAAGAAACCCCAGUUGGUCAAAAUCCAGACACAUGCAUUAUGCCAUGCCUCAUAAUCGUAUUGUGGUUUUGGUGCAUGCAACCCUGGGAAUUAUUUUUGGGAAUUAAAGCUGAACCCUUUUAUAAGAAACUCUUAUAAGGGACAUAUGGGUAUAAGAGACCCCAGUAUGCCUACAGUAAAAUGUGGGGGAUAGGAAAAUGCAUAUGAACUCCCCUGCUAACAGGGAGCUCGUACCAGAGUUUAACUUUAUUUUCUAAAUAAAGCGAACUUUGUGGGUCACUGGCA